GCUCUAUGAGUUCAAACCUGCUCUCAGUGCGGGUUGUUCAUCAUCACACACUUCAGCUCUGACAGCUGCUGCUCACACUGGGGCUCCACUGAAAGGAGAAGUUUACUGUCAGAGACAGCAUUGAUGCUUCAACACUUCUAGUUGUUCUUGGUUAAGCAGGAUUAAAAGACUGAUAAAGGUAAGCCUCCUCUCAACAAGUCAGAAUGUGAUUGGUUUUGUUCAUGAAGUGACUGUUUGUAUCCCUACAGAUAAGAGUAUGAAUCUGAUGAGUGGUUUCAUUGCGCUCCUUAUCAUGUUUGGGGCUGCUCGGCUGCUCUCCCUCCCCUGGCUCUGCAGCCUGUUGGCAGGUCUGGGGCUCUGCAUGGUCUGCAGAGGCUCAUGGAAGUUUAUACAUAUUGCUGUAUGCACCAUCAGAAGAGACCUGAUGUGUCUGUAUGUUAUCCUACGAGUGAGGAUCUCCAUGUACCGUAAUCUACGUAAUAGAAGCACCAUCCCUGCUCUGUUUGCCCAGAUGGUGUCAAAGCACCCAGAUAAACCCGCUCUGAUCUACGAGGCAACAGGAGAGGUGUGGACUUUCAGGGAGCUCCAGCAGCAGUGCCAUGCUGUGGCUCACUGGGCUCUGGCACAGGGCUGGGUAGAGGGAGAUGUGGUGGCCUUGUUCAUGGAGAGCCAGCCUUUAGUGGUGGCUCUGUGGUUGGGUUUGUCCAUGGUUGGUGUGGAGGCUGCACUCAUCAACCACAACCUACGACAGAAGUCGCUGCUGCACUGCGUCAGUGUGUCUGGAGCUCGGGCCAUGGUGUUCGGGUCUGAGAUGAGAGAAGCGGUGCUCAGGGUCAGAGACUCCUUGCAGCCCAACAUGCUGUUGUUCAUCAGCGGUGAGCGGGAUGAUGGAGAGAACCUCUGCAGCCUCCAAAUCCAGAGCCUGGACACCCUGCUGGAUCGCUCACCCAAACACCCGCCAAACCACACACUCAGAAAGGAAUUCAACGAUAAACUCUUCUACAUCUACACUUCUGGAACAACAGGAAUGCCAAAGGCAGCUGUGGUGGUGCACAGCCGGUAUUAUCGCAUUGCUUCUUUUGGUUUCCACUCGUUUGGUUUGCAGAAUAAAGACGUCAUCUAUAACUGCCUGCCGCUGUAUCACUCUGCAGGCACCAUCAUGGGUGUAGGUCAGUGUUUACUCUUCGGUGUGACUGUUGUGGUUAAGAGGAAGUUCUCCGCCAGCCGCUUCUGGGACGACUGCGUCAAACACAACUGCUCUGUGAUUCUGUAUAUAGGUGAGAUCUGCCGUUACUUGUUGGCCCAACCUGUCCGUCCAUCUGAGGCUCAUCACAAAGUGCGGGUUGCUGUCGGUAACGGCCUCCGUCCGUCUGUGUGGGAGGAGUUUGUCCGGAGAUUCAGAAUCCGGCGAGUUGGUGAAUUUUAUGGCGCCACAGAGUGUAACUGCAGCUUGAUAAACAUAGACGGAAAGGUGGGGGCGUGUGGAUUCAACAGUCGCAUCCUUCCAAGUUUUUACCCCAUCAGACUGGUCAGGCUGCAGGAGGAGAGCGGAGAGCUGUUCAGGGAUCCACAGGGACUCUGUGUGCCGUGUCAGCCUGGUGAGCCAGGUAUGUUGGUGGGACGAAUAAACUGCACUGAUCCUCUCAGGAGAUUUGACGGCUACAUCGAUGAUGAGUCCACCAGUAAGAAGAUAGCUCACAAUGUCUUCAGGAUGGGAGACUCAGUCUAUGUCUCAGGUGAUGUGCUGGUAAUGGAUGAAUACGGCUACAUGUAUUUUAAAGACCGCAGCGGCGACACAUUUCGUUGGCGAGGGGAGAACGUUUCCACUGCAGAGGUGGAGGGAGUCCUCAGCGGCCUGCUGGGACAUGCUGAUGUGGCUGUUUAUGGAGUUACUGUGCCAGGUGUGGAGGGUAAAGCCGGUAUGGCAGCAGUUGCUCACGCAGGAGGCCAGUUUGACCUCAACACUUUCUUGUCUGCCGUACAGAAAGCCCUGCCAUCCUACGCGCGCCCCGUCUUCCUACGACUCAUGCCAUCUGUUGACACUACAGGUACCUUCAAAAUCCAGAAGACUCGGCUGCAGAGGGAAGGAUACGAGCCUCGAGAGUCGAGUGAGGAGAUUUAUUUUCUGAACAGUCGUGCCGAGCGUUACGAGGAGGUGACUGAUGAACUUUACACUGAUAUCAUGGAGGGAAGAGUGAGUCUUUGAGACAGGAUGAAAGUACGAUGAAGGCUAAAGUGUGUGUCAAAGCACCGUCUUUCCAAAGAUCCAAAAACAAAUACAGUAAAUUCUCCUCAGCAUGGAUGUGUAAAUAUGAUUGUCACUAUUUUUUUAAAUAAACACUUUUUACUACAUUU